UCAUUUGUGUCAUUUCUGAAAGCUAAUGAAGUAAUCAAAUAUUGAAUUCAAUUUUCACUUCAUGUGUGGCACAGUAUGGCCGCAGAUACAAAGGCGAAACUCUUAUUUUGGUUGUUUAUUCAGAGUGUCAUAUUUUCGUGUAUUAUUUUUGGUCAUGGGAACCAGAGUUGGAAUGAGUGGGAACAAGAGUCGGCCGCAACUUCCGUCUAUGGGGGAGUAUGGGUGCUAUGUCGCCAGCCCUCGCCUGGUUGUCAAUAUUUGGAGAGCUCUCACAUGCCCGAGGGGAGUGGAGAUUGGGCUAAAGUGUGUGCCUCCAGGGCAUUCCUCCUCCUCUCCAAUGUAGUGGGUGUGAUUGAGAUGUUGUUCAUCUUGCUCAGUGUUUAUGAAGUUGUGAACAAGUUCGGACCCACUUGUUCUCUCUACUCUGGUCACGUGACACUGAUGGUCAUCCAAGGUGUGUUUGCAUUUUUGGCGGCAACCCUGAUGACAGAUGCGUUCCACGUCAACGGGGACAGUCAAGGGGGGUUUAAAAUGGGCUACUGUCUCCUGCUGCUCUGGUUGGGGGCCGCCUCCCUCCUCCCCCUCCUCGUUGCCGCAGGGGGACAAUUUAUGUGGACUUGUAAUGCCACUAAGCUCUUCAAACGGGUACGGCGGGUGAAUGUUGCAGCCUCCCACAACUCGGAACACAGUGGGGAUUGGAACGACCCAGUUGUAACCUGGCGCAUCAACAACACCUAUGAGAAGAGAACGGACUACAAUCUGAAGGCGAAUAAUUCCAGGAAGGAGCUCUGGAUCCCCCCUCCCGAGACUGUGGUGAAGGAGAGAAUGAAGAACCAGCUGAAGAUACACCAGCCGGACAUUAAGCCCAGGAGCUCCUUCAGCCUCAGCCCUGAACAGAUCGACAAAUAGAAUCAGAAAGGAGUCACAGUAGUGAACCCCCAAUUGAAUUGAACUUAAAAUGAUAAUAAUGCGAUUCCAU